AUGCUGAUGCCGGUGCGCGAACAUCUAGGCGCAGCACGCGAAGCGGACGCAGAUGCUGGCGCACCUGCCGCCGUACCUGACGGACGUCGUGCGCGCCGCGACGCGCGAGGUGCGGGAUCUGGAGAAGGACGUGGUCGCGCUGCUGGAGCCGUUCCAGGGCUCGUUCGACCCGUCGGCGGACCAGGCGGUGGCGUGCACGCUGUUGGUGAACCACCUGACGAUGCGGCGCAACAAGCGGUGCCUGCUGGCGUACCACCGCACGCGGACGGACAAGCUGGAGGAGCUCGUCUGGAGCGGCUCCGACGUCGCGGACCUGUCGGGCCAGCAGGUGCGCGCGACGACGGCGACGGGGCGCGCGACGAGCAGCCUGAGCCCGCAGGAGGAGGACUACGUGCGGCAGUACAGCGAGCUGCUGGCGGCGUACAGGGGCCAGUGGACGGAUAUCGAUCUCACAGGGAGCUUGCAGCCGCCGCGAGACUUGUUUAUAGACGUGCGCGUGCUGAAGGAUGCCGGCCAGAUAGAGAUGGAAUAUGGGUCGAUGCAUUUGACGAAGAAUAG